GUUUUUCACUCUUUCUGUUAAGAAGAUAAUAUAUCAUCAUGUUACUGGAAAAAAUAGUGGAGGCUAUCUCUGGGAGAAGUGAGGACAAUGGAAAAAAGGUGAAAGGAACAGUUGUGUUGAUGAAGAAGAAUGUACUGGACUUUAAUGAUGUCAAUGCCUCUCUUCUUGAUGGAGUACUUGAGUUCCUUGGGAAAAGAGUCUCUUUGCAGUUGAUCAGCGUUGUUCAUGCUGAUCCUGGAAACAGUUUACAAGGGAAACGUAGCAAUCCAGCUUACUUGGAGAAGUGGCUCACUACAGGAACCUCAUUAGUAGCAGGUGAAUCAGCCUUUGACGUCACGUUUGAUUGGGACGAAGAUAUUGGCGUACCAGGGGCAUUUAUUAUCAAUAAUUUCCACUUCAAUGAGUUUUAUCUCAAGUCACUCACCCUUGAAGAUGUUCCUAAUCAUGGCAACGUUCAUUUUGUCUGCAAUUCUUGGGUUUAUCCUGCUAAAAAAUACAAAUCAGAACGCAUUUUCUUUGCUAAUCAGGCAUAUCUUCCCGGUGAAACACCAGAACCAUUGCGCAAUUACAGAGAAAAAGAAUUAGUGAACUUGAGAGGAAAUGGAAAUGGAAAGCUUGAGGAAUGGGACAGAGUUUAUGACUACGCGUUAUACAAUGACUUGGGUGAUCCAGAAAAAGGCAAACAGUAUGCCAGGACUAUCCUCGGAGGAUCUGCUGAGUACCCGUACCCUCGGAGAGGAAGAACUGGCAGAAAGCCAACAAAAGCAGAUCCUAAAAGUGAAAGUAGGAUUCCACUACUUAUGAGUUUAGACAUCUAUGUACCAAGAGACGAGCGUUUUGGACACAUUAAGUUGUCGGACUUCCUGACGUAUGCUUUGAAAUCCAUUGUUCAGUUCCUUAUCCCCGAGUUUCAAGCUCUCUUUGAUAGCACACCUGAUGAGUUUGACAGCUUUGAGGAUGUACUGAAACUUUAUGAAGGAGGAAUCAAAUUGCCCCAAGGCCCUUUUCUUAAAGCCCUCACUGAUAGUAUUCCUCUAGAGAUUCUAAAAGAAAUUAUCCGAACCGAUGGUGAAGGAAAAUUCAAAUUCCCAGCACCUCAAGUUAUUCAAGAGGAUAAAAGUUCAUGGAGGACUGAUGAAGAAUUUGCAAGAGAAAUGCUUGCCGGAGUAAAUCCUGUCAUAAUCAGCAGACUCCAAGAAUUCCCUCCAAAAAGCCAGUUAGAUUCUGAAGUAUAUGGCAAUCAAAACAGUACAAUAACCAAAGAGCAUAUAGAGAAUACACUUGAUGGGCUAACGAUCGAUGAUGCAAUCAAGACUAACAGGCUUUAUAUACUAAACCACCAUGACAUCCUUAUGCCAUAUGUGAGGAGAAUAAACACGACAAACACAAAACUCUACGCCUCAAGAACUUUGCUAUUCUUGCAAGACGAUGGAACAAUGAAGCCGGUAGCAAUUGAACUAAGCUUGCCACAUCCAGAUGGCGAUGAACUUGGUGCUGUUAGCAAAGUCUAUACCCCAGCUGAUCAAGGUGUUGAAGGUUCAAUAUGGCAAUUGGCUAAAGCUUAUGUUGCAGUGAAUGACUCGGGUGUCCAUCAGCUAAUUAGUCACUGGUUGAAUACACACGCAGCCAUUGAGCCUUUUGUGAUUGCUACAAACAGGCAACUAAGUGUGCUUCACCCAAUUCAUAAGCUUUUACAUCCUCAUUUUCGUGACACGAUGAACAUAAAUGCUUUGGCAAGACAGAUCUUAAUCAAUGCUGGUGGAGUUCUUGAGAUGACAGUUUUUCCUGCCAAAUAUGCGAUGGAAAUGUCAGCUGUAGUUUACAAAAGUUGGGUUUUUCCUGAACAAGCACUUCCAGCUGAUCUUAUAAAGAGGGGAGUGGCCGUAGAGGACUCUAGUUCCCCACAUGGUGUUCGCUUGCUAAUUCAAGACUAUCCAUAUGCUGUUGAUGGCUUAGAAAUAUGGUCAGCAAUCAAAAGUUGGGUAACCGAAUAUUGCAACUUCUAUUAUAAAUCAGAUGAAUUAGUUUUGAAAGAUAAUGAACUCCAAGCGUGGUGGAAGGAACUUCGAGAAGAAGGACAUGGUGACAAGAAAGAUGAACCUUGGUGGCCUAAAAUGCAAACUCGCCAAGAGCUAAAAGAUUCUUGCACUAUUAUUAUUUGGAUAGCAUCAGCACUUCAUGCAGCAGUCAAUUUUGGGCAAUACCCUUAUGCAGGUUACCUCCCAAAUCGCCCAACGUUAAGUCGAAGAUUCAUGCCUGAGCCAGGAACUCCUGAGUAUGAAGAACUCAAGACAAAUCCUGACAAGGCAUACUUGAAAACAAUCACUCCUCAACUGCAGACAUUACUAGGAAUUUCUCUCAUAGAGAUAUUAUCAAGGCAUGCAUCAGAUGAGAUUUACCUUGGACAACGGGACUCAUCCGAAUGGACAAAGGAUCAAGAACCCAUUGCUGCUUUUGAGAGAUUUGGGAAGAAGUUAAGUGAGAUCGAGGAUCAAAUUAUACAGAUGAAUGGUGAUAAGAAAUGGAAAAAUAGGUCAGGGCCUGUUAACGUUCCAUAUACAUUGCUCUUCCCUACAAGUGAACAAGGACUCACAGGCAAAGGAAUACCUAAUAGUGUGUCAAUAUAGUACUUUCAUUUAAAUCUCCACAUCGUCAAGUUUCAUUUUUUUCUUUUAUUCAAUUACAACCUCAAGUUUGUGUGAUGUAACUUUUUCUUGAUAUAUUUCAAUAUAUAUAGAUGUAUUAUAUGUAAUGGUAGAACAUUUGAAUAAGACAAUAAUCAUAUUUUUCCUUCUA